CGGGGCUGCGGAGGGCUGGGGGCCGCGUCCCCCCGGUGGCCCCGGGCUGGCGGCAGCCGGCGCUGGCCCCGCCGUCCGUCGCUCACCCCCUCGCCGCCGCCGGCGCGGCGCUUCCCAGCGCCUCCGCCGUUUAAAUGGGCCAAGUUCGAGAAGCGGCGGCGGCGGCGGCGGCGGAGGGAAAUCUUGUUUGGUCGGAGUCUCCGAAGUGUGCGGUGACUUCUGAGCACCGAUCAAUGCGUGUCUGUCCCGGCUCGGGGGCCCGGCCCGGCCCGGCGCGGCGCUCGGGGGCUGCGGGCGGCGGCGCGGGGAGCGCAGGGCCGGCGGGGAUGAUGGCACUGUAGAUGUCCGUGCGGCUAGACCUCUCCGAGAUGUCAGGUAUUAGUCCGGAGGGGCAGAUCUGCGAGCCACACAGCAGCUCCCGGGUCUCCGGUACAUUAGGCUCUCCGUGGGAGAGGGAUCCCAGACAGCUCUGCUGGGGAGCCAGCCCCGGAGAUUUGUUAGCGGGCUGCUCCGGGGGAUACCAGCCACCUCCGGCACCCGAGCGCCAAAGGUGCCUGUGCUGCUGCUGCUGCUGCUGCUGGCGCGUUUCAUCCAAACUCCAGCCAGAGCGAGGGCAAGUUGAACCGGAGACAUUGGAGCCGCUGUGCUUUGGAGACGCCGGGGCGCACGGCGAGCGCGGCGGCACCAUGCCUGCUAUCAAGAAGGAGCGCCUUGACAGGGAAGAGAUGGCCCUGGCAGCUUUCAACCAGCCCAUGGAAACCUUACCUGACUACCUCGCGCCUCUGGCCGCCGCUGCCAUUCCGGUGGUCGCCCCGCACCCGCCGGCUUACGACCAGAUCUUCGCCCACCGCGCGUACCUGGGCUUCCACGAGCCCCACCGCCCCCACCCGCACCACCCCCACCACCUCCCCGAGGACCUGAUGCUGGAGAGGUUCUCCUCCAUCCCGGAUUUCCAGCCCUUCUUUGACAACGGAGAGCCUUGCAUCGAGGUGGAGUGCGGGGAGAACAAGGCGCUGCUCUACAUCAAUAAGUUGUGCCAAGGGAGCAAAGGACCCUCUAUCCGCUACCGGGGAGAGUGGCUCACCCCCAACGAGUUCCAGUUCGUCAGCGGCAGAGAGACGGCCAAGGACUGGAAGCGCAGCAUCAGGCACAAAGGGAAAAGUUUGAAGACUCUUAUGUCCAAAGGAAUCUUACAGGUACAUCCUCCAAUCUGUGAUUGCCCUGGGUGUCGAAUUUCGUCUCCAGUGAACCGGGGCCGCCUGGCAGAGAAGAGGAGCAUCCCCCUGCCCCCCAGCAGGGUCCCCAAGAAGGAGCUGGGCUUCCCCCACAGCGAGGACAGCCAGGAGAGCGACCAGAGCAAUGGGCAGCAGCCCGAGGUGAAGCAGGAGGAGGAUCUGCACAUCAGUAUCAUGAAAAGAAGGAUUCACACCCACUGGGAUCUGAACAUCUCCUUCCGAGAGACCUCUUGCAGGUACCGUUUUUGGGCCCCUCUGUGUAUGCCGCGACAGCGACCUGUCCACCAUCAUCUCCAACCUGCACCAGAGCCGCCAGCUCGUUAUGCCAGAGAGCCAGAGCCGCUGCGAGUUCAAGAGGAACCCCCUGGACGUGGGGCUGGCAGCAGCAGUGCCAGAUUUCAUGGGUUUCCAGUUGCAGUAGGACUAUUUGCAUGGAUAGAAGUGGAGGAUUCAGGCUCCCUCAUGCUAGAGGAAGAUGAAAUUUUAGGCAAGAGAAGAGUAUGUUCUCCCAACAGCAGCAGUGAGUGUCCUUUAGAGAGCAAGAAAGCCCGAAGUGAGUCCCCGAAGGAGACGUCGCAGACGCCGGCGCUGGAGGAGGUGGCGCAGAUGACCCCGGAGGAGCACUACAGGCGCAUGAUGUCGGCCCUCAACGAGCACGGCACCUUCGAGGAGCAGCAGCAGCAGCAGCAGCGCCUCUUCCAGCUGGCCAACAGCAUGGCAGUGCCCAGCCACGGAGAUCUGCUCCGGGCGCGGCAGGAGGUGGCGGCGGCGGCGGCGGCGCGGACCCCGGGCGCGAUGGAAGCGCACAUCCCCUCGGCCAGCAACUCGUCCAGCCAGCGCAGGAAGCAGGGCCUGCCCCAGCACAGGGACAGCCACUUCCCCGACAGGGAGAUCUCCCACCCACCACCUCUGCUGUCGCCCCAGAACGCUCCCCACAUCGCCCUGGGGCCCCACCUGAGACCUCCCUUCCUCGGGGUGCCUUCAGCGCUGUGCCAGACGCCAGGUUACGGCUUCCUCCAGCCGGCACAGGCGGAGAUGUUUGCGCGGCAGCAGGAGAUGCUACGGAAGCAGAACCUGGCCAGGCUGGAGAUGUCGGCCGAGCUCAUCCGCCAGAAGGAGCUGGAGAACCUGCACCGGCAGCGGCUGCUGGCCGCGGACCCCCUGAGCCUGCACCCGGGGCUGCCCCCGGACCACCCGGCGCUGCGCAGCGUGCACGACGUCCCCGAGGGCCACGCGCUGCGCGACGAGCUGUCCCGGCGCAACGCCAUGCUGGUGCUGCGGCACAACAACGCCCCGCUGCUGUCCCUCGCGGCCGGCGGCGGCCCCGGAGCCAACACGCCGCCCAAGGAGCAGCCGCGGCGGGCGCAAGGCGGGCGCAAGGCCUCGCAGGCCCGGGCCGAGCCGCAGGGCCCCGGCGAGGCGCGGGAGGCGCGCGCGGCGCGGGACGGGGCCCAGGACUGUAACGACGAGGAGAUGAAGGACUCGGAGAGCGACGCCGAGGCCGGCGAGGACAAGGCCGAGGGGCUGAAGGCCGAGGGCGGCUCGGCGGCGGAGCUCAAGGAGGGCAAGGACGGCGCGGGCAAGGCGGGCGAGGGGGCCAAGGAGCCGGGCGAGGCGGGCGCGGGCCCCGGCGUGCCCUGCAGCUCCUCGAGCGCCGAGUCCCCCAGCCACCUGCUGGGGCCCGGCAUGGGCAAGGCCGAGGUGAAAUACCUGCCGCCGGCCUCCCUGCCCGCGCCCCAGCCGCUGCCCUUCGGCUUCCCCUACACCAUGAGCCCCUACUUCCAUGCAGGCACCAUGGGAGGUCUGUUUCUGGACGGGGAGGAGAGCCCGGCGCUGGAGGACAUCAGCAAAUGGACGGUGGAGGACGUCUGCAGCUUCGUGUCCAACUUGUCUGGCUGCACUGAGUACACUCAGGUAUUCCGAGAGCAGGCCAUCGACGGGGAGACCCUGCCCCUCCUGACAGAAGAGCACUUACUGAACAACAUGGGGCUCAAGCUGGGACCCGCCCUGAAGAUCAGGUCACAGGUGGCCAAGAGGCUGGGCCGGGUGCUCUACAUGGCCGGCUUCCCGCUGGCGCUGCCGCUGCAGCCGCCGGGGCUGCGGCCGCCGGAGCGGGAGGCGGCUGCGGGCGAGCUCCGCCCGGCCUCCACCGGCAGCGUGGCCUCGCCCUUCGGCAGCGCCGUGCCCGCCAGCCGGGGCUCCCCGAAGCAGGAGAACGGCAACCCUGCCCUGCUCAGCGACACCACCAAAGCCCCGUCCUAACCCAGCCCGGCCCAGCGCAGCCCGCACCGCAGGAAGGGAGGGGGCUCUUUUGUAGGUUUUUGGUUUGUUUUGGGUUUUUUUUUUUUUUUGGAUGCGUUUGCUUUUUUUUUUUGUUUGGGGAAAAUAAAAGAAGAACCACGGAGAUUUCUGAACUGUCAAAAAAAAAAAAAUGAAAGGGAAGGAAGGAAAAUGAUCCAAAGAUGCUGUCGUGGGACGACGCCAAGUGAAGAGAAGGGUGCUGGAGGAUGGAGGCAGCAUUCCCGGUCCCUUCCACACUCCUCGGUGGAGCUGCAGAGCCUGCACAGCAAGCGGACAGGCUGCUCUUUGCCUUCAGGACCUCGGGGCUGUGCCUCCACAGGGGAGGGAAGGGGCUCUGCUCCUCCCGCCGGUACUUCGAGCAAAAAACCCAUCCACAGCCCCCCCGGCCGAGCUCUCCUCCUCCCUGGAAACUGGGCUCAGUUCCUCAUUCAGGUGUUCUAUGCAUCUCUAGCAACUUUGAAAACAAUACCAAAGACAGACAAAAAGGAUAAAAAGACAAAAAAAAAAAAAGACAAAAAAAAAGAGAAAAAAG